CGGGUUUAUAAAGGCAAGGCAGGAGGCAAGUGUCAUGUGGGCUUCUUCAGCUCGCUUCGCCGAGGAGUGGUGAGGCAGCAGGGCUGAGUGAGGACGGGGUUUGGUCGGGGUUUCUGCCUCAUCUGUCCGUCGGUCAGUCCGUCUGUCUUUUGGUCAUCUGGAAUGGUGCAAGCGAGACGGCGGCGAAGCUGAUCGCGAAGGCAGGAAGGUUCGCUUGUGAAGGCAUUGCAGGGCAAUGAAGCGGCAAAAGCUGGCCGUGGCAGCUGGCUUCUGCUUGUCCUUCUUGCUGGGCACUUUGCUCAAUCUCUUAUUCAUCCCGGCCUUUGAUCCCCUUCAGCAACAGCAGCAGCAAAAUGCGGGCAUCGCGCACUCGCUGGCGGGCUCGCCUCGGGACAGGUCAUGGGAGGCGGCGAGGAGAAGCGGCGGCCGUCACCGGCGCUGGGAUUUAGCCCGGCAGAUCCGAGAGCGCUACGAAGAGGUGCUGCGGUACCAACAGAGGCAGCAGCCCGGAGAAGCGGGAGCGGCGGCAGGAGCCGCUGCUAAGUCUCGGCCGGCGGUGCGACCUCUGGAGAGGCGGCUCAUGGAUCUCGCGCCACCAAGGCUCCCCUCCUCGCCCACCGACCGCAGCCCACGGGGGCUCCAGCUCAGCUCGGCCGGUCUCGUCGCCUCCGGAGCGCCCUGGGUCCCCGAAUCCAAGCUAGAACUCUCCCUCGGGCCGCUUCGGUUGGGAUGCCGGGACAUUAGCAACGUGACCGAGGUCCAUUACCUGGGCUCCGGCUACACCAAAGCGGUCUACAAAGCGGUGCUCAACAAGAGCCUGGCGGUGGCCUUGAAGUCCGUCGAUUUUGGGGGGCACGACAUCGACAAUUGCGUCAAGCUCUAUGGGUCUCUGGAAGACUGUUACAGGCUGGCCUCCUAUAAGAUUAUCAAGGAAAUGGUCCUUUUGCAACGGUUGCGGCACCCCAACAUCCUCCAGCUUCACGGAUAUUGUUACCAAGACAGCAAUGACAUCUCAGACACCUUGACUGCCAUCACAGAACUAGGUUCACCAUUGGAGAUGAUACAGCUUUUGCAGACUUCUUGGGAGGACAGGUUUCACAUAUGCUUCAGCUUAGUUCAGCUUCUGCAUUACCUGGCCCAUUCUCCUCUUGGCUCUGUAACUCUAUUGGAUUUCCGACCUCGACAAUUUGUGAUUGUGGAUGGAGAGCUCAAAGUGACAGAUCUGGAUGAUGCAAGCAAUGAGGAAACCUUCUGCACUAGCAACAGAGAUUGUUUCAUGGAAUUUCCAGCAAGAAAUUUCACUCUUCCUUGUUCUGUUGACGGCAAAUGCCAAAGCAUGAAUGAGAAGAGGAAUCUUUACAAUGCAUACAGGUUUUUCUUUACAUAUCUCCUGCCUCACAGUGCCCCUUCAUCCUUGAAGCCAUUGCUCGAUGCGAUAGUCAAUGCUACCGGAGAACUUCGAUGGGGAAUUGAUGAAACAGCCAUUCAUCUCGAAAGAGUUUUGUAUAUGUACAAGAGCGGCAUGUAUCUUAAGAACUCAACAUGGCCACACAAAUCAGACCUGAGCAAUGUGGUAUAUGCAGUACAAUGCUAUGAGCCAUGUGCAGAUCUGUACAUUGGGGAAACAAAACAACCACUUCAUAAGCACGUGGCACAACAGAGGAGAACAAACACAUCUGGACUAGAUUCAGCAGUCCAUCUGCAUUUAAAAGACACAGGCCACUCUUUUGAAGACAGCAAAGCCCACAUUUUGGACAGAGAGGACCACUGGAUUAAAAGAGGGGUCAAAGAAUCCAUCUAUGUCAAAAUUGAAGAGCCCUCUGUCAAGAGAGGGGGAGGGAUAUGACAUCACCUAUUUCCACUCUAAAACGCAGUCCUUUCAAUAGUUCCAAGAAGGCUCCACACAGAUUUGCACUACUCAGGUGAUGCUGACACAGAUAAACCUCCAGGUGACCUUAAUGACUCGCUAAAAAAAUGCAAACGACCAGCUGUCUGCAAGGAGUAUAAAUCCUUCCAUUCCCCACCAUCCAGUUAGAACUGAAGAAGCUUCUUGGAUGAGAAGUGAAAUGUCUUCAAAGAAAAAAACAGAAAGUCCAGUUGCCUCUUGAAAAAACACCUUUGGGACAACCAUGACCUGGAUGAUUGAGAAUCUCCAUAGACAUUCUUUCUUUGGGUUUUCUACUAAAUUGUACCUUUAGAAUAUACAUAUUGAAGAAAGUAAACGUGGCCUUGGGAAUGGAGCAAUGAACUAUUAUAGGUAGUCCUUGAUCUAUGACCACAAUUGGGCCUGGAAUUCUUGUCACUGUGGUUGUACCUUGAGUCACCACAAGACCAGACUCAGUUUUAUAAUCAUUUCUAUGAUCACUGUUAAGUGAGUUACCAAAAGGAGUUAAGUGAGUUGCAAAAAUGUUGCCAAAUGUGCUUUGUGAUUGCAGGAUACUGCAACUGGUUGUAAAUGUAAGUCAGCUGCCAAGCACCCAAAAUGGAAUUAUGUGAAACAAGAGUGAUGCAGUAGUAUUCAUAACUUCGAAGAGUAACUUUUUUCAAGUCUGUUGUAACUUUGAACAGUCAUUAAGUGAUUGGUUGUAAGUGAAGAACUAUCUGUAAGGGAGGAGAAACGAUUACUGUGCCUUGAGAAAGAACAAAGUAUGAGAAAAAUGCUUGGUAUAAGAUAUACCAGGAACCACUUGUUCCUGCAACUGGCAGGAACAAGUGGUUCAGUAAAUUUCUAUUUUUUGUCAAACAAUAAUGCUCCUUGCAUGAUUUAAUUACAGUAUAGGUCUGAAAAUUUUUAUUAAAUUUGAACAUUUUGCUUGGAUUUGAAGAACAUAUUAAAUCACAGAUUGAUCCAACAUAUUUUAAUUUAUCAUGUUAUCCAAAUGCAAAUAGUAAAUGAAGAUUCAUUAUAAACUAUGGUCAUGGUUGAUGAUUAAGUCAGAAGGCAUUUCAAACUUCCUAAAUUAAAGGGGGGAAAAUAAUCCAUUGUUCCUUCAGAGUAAAUAUAGAGAGCCCUGAUUCCACAACUCUCUGGCUGAGAGGCAAAAACUUUCACACAAAACAUUUCUUUGUAUAAAUCCUUAGUUUUAUAGCAGUCUCACUUACAGACAAAACCUCAGUUAAGAUCUUUCCAAAGUACAAUUGUGGAAUGCAGGGUGUUUUUUUAAAAAAAGUACUUAUCAAUCAAUUGCUGACAUAAGCUCGACUGAUAGCCACUUCGAGGAGUUAAGUAAAUUAUUUUUUUAAAGAAUGGAUGGUUUAGAAGGGGUAAAAAAUAGAUGAGCACUGCGAGUUGAAUAAUAUUCUCUACAAGAGCUAACACUAUAAAUUGUGUUAAGUAUUUCCUGCAGCAUUGAAUUAUGGGAUAAUGGAAAAAGGUAAAGACAGUUUUGCUAAGUUCUCUAAUGGUUCUUUUUAAUAUAUGUGUUGCAUGACUGGUGACUGAUAACUAGAAUUUAAAGUGUAACACUGCUCUCGAGCUAUAUUUCAGUUGGCUCCAUGUACAUCUUUGGCUGAAAAGGCUGCUUUUGAAAACUUGGACUAAUAAUAUUUCUCUUUGGACAUGCCCAGCUGUGGCUGUUUGGGGCAUUGGGUUGUACUCAUCCAUCAGAUCUGAAUUCUGCAAACCAUGAGAAGUUAUCAUGCAUUUAGAUGCAUUGGUUAUGGCUGGAAUCCAAAGAGCUACUUUAAGUUGUUUUAAAAAAUGAAGGUUUGUAUUCAUCAAUGUUUCUUUUUUUAAAUGUUCUUAUACCCUAUAUUUUUUAAAAAAUGUUUUUCUGAUCCCAAGUUUUUAUUAUUUACCUUAUUUUAAUUUUUAUGUCUUACCUUUCUUCUAGAAAGGAUCCUAGAAUGGCUACCAUAUGAAGAAAAUCCACCGAAUUAUUACUAUUAUUUGUUACAUCAAUGCCUUAUUGUUCUUGAAAGAAAUUAAGAUAUAUGAAUACAAUUUCCUCCCCUCCCCAAAAACCCCCCACUGUAUCUUCACUAGAACCAUAGGUGGGAUAAGCCUAAGAGCAUUCAGUAGAGUACAUUGAGUAGAGGCUGAAUCCAAUUCUUCCAAUCCUUAAGAUAUAAAAAGUUGGCAUACUUUUCUAUUCCCUGAAUUCUCACCAAUACCAAUGCAAUAGAGAAUUCUUGGAGUUGCAAUCUAGACAUCUGGCAGAUGCCAAGACUGGAUUGGCAAACAAACAGGUUCUAAAUCUCAGUGGAUAUCCAGUAGAGGAGGCGAACAUUACUUGUUAUUUAAGAAACAUUAUUAUCCACGUUCAGUGGCAAUGAAUGGAUAUCUGCAAAAAUAAAAAUCAGGGAUAUGUGGCCUUUGAACAGCACACUACAGGCUGCCUAUCCCUGCCAUAGGCAAUGGGAUUACUGGUGCUAAACAUUCUGGUACUCACUCUGGUACAAAAUUAUUCCAAUUGUCUACCAGCAAUAUCAUGCAACGUCAUGCAAUCAGCAUAGGGCUGUGGUGGUGCAGUGGUUAGAAUGCAGUACUGAAGACUAAUUCUGCUGACUGCAGGUUGCUGCAAUUUGGCAGUUCAACUCUCACCAGGCUCAAGGUUGACUCAGCCUUCCAUCCUUCCAAGGUGGGUAAAAUGAGGACCCAGAUUGUUGGGGGGAAAAUGCUGACUCUGUAAAUCCCUUAGAGAGGGCUGUAAAGCACUGUGAUGCGGUAUACAAGUCUAAGCGUCCUUUGCACUUAGUGCCCUUUGCAUCAAAAGGGCACCUUUGCCCUCUGGCAUCAAAAUCUGAUGAAACUGUAGUUUUCAGAUGCUUAACAUUUCUCUCACCUAAGGAAGAGAAAGAGAUAGAGAAGUGUGUUAGUUGCUGGAUCUUUACCAAAAGGAACAGAGCUGAUAAUAAGGGAUUCUUACGUUUGCUAUUAGCAAAGGAUUUCCUAUAACAUGCUGUGCUUCCUCACAGGCCAUAGAUAGGAUGUUUCUUUAGUCAUUCUGAUGCAAAGCUCUUUUUGCAACAUCAAGAAUAAUAACAAGCAAUAAGUCCAGACAUCCCAGUUUUUCCACUAUAUUUCAGGGCAACGAAUAGAGAUGUCUGCAAAAAUAUAAUUGGGGAUGGGGUAAUUGUGACCUCUGAAUUAUAGGUUUACAAAGAGACUAGCAGUGUUUUAUGAGACCCAAUGCUUUCUGCAGAUAGGGUCACAGUUUCUAUUUGCAAGGGGUCUGCUUCUCUGGUGAGGCUGUUAGAGGAAAGCUAAACUCUCCAAAGUAAUCUUAGAGAUUUGGAGAAUGUCAGAAUCAUACAGUCAAUCUUCUCUGAAAUCAGAAAGCUCUUAUUUAACCCCCUCCCAAAUGUUGUAGUGAGGCUUGGAAAAAAAAUUAAGCUGGGCCAGGAUCUUUAUUUUGGAAACAAAAGUAUGUCAAGGGAUGUAGAAAAUCCAUGCAAAAGCCAUAAACCGAAGCCAGAAGUAGAAAAAGACACUUUAAAAUAUUCUCUGAGAAAAGCAAACACACAAAAAAUGAAAGUAGUGGGAGCAGUUCUAGCUUCUGAAUACCUUUCAAGUGUAGCUCCAUGCAGAGAGCGUUGCAAUAGUCCAAAUUUGCAAUUAUCCAAGAUACAUGUGAUCUGUUAAACAUGUUCCCUCCUUUGUUCAUUUUAGGGAUGCCAAACCAGGACAACCCAUCUUUUUGCAGCUGGGGAUAUUUUUCUAAAUAGGAAACACCAUUUUCCUAGCCUUUUCUCUUAUUUUUAAGGGGCAAUGGGAUGUGGAGAAGGAGGAAACUGUUCCUGAUUACAAAAGUUCAUUACUCCUUAUUUUUUCAAUUUCCCACUGGCCCCAUGUUCUGGGACUAUAACUCUUUCUCCAGUUCCUUGUUAGCUUUUUUGACUUUGAACAUAAUUUCUUCCAAACUUUGUUGGUAGGGGAAAAAAAAAGUUGAAGUUCUGAGGGAUUCUGCUUUUUUGGCUUUUAUUUCUGCAGAGGCAGCUUUUGCUGUUUUUGGAGAAAGGGGAUGUCUUCUGUUUUCUAGCAGUGUUUAUAGCACUUCAUUAUGAAAUAAUAGGAUUGUCGGGAGAAGUUUCAUGGAGUUAAGCUGUUUUCUAUUCUGCUACCAAAUCUGUACUUUCUUUGGCAGGCAUUUCAUAUUGUCCCAGUCAAAUCAAAAGGACCUGUAAUGUCAUCAGGUUUGAGGUUGCCAGAGGACCAGUGAGAUCUUAAAAUAUUAUUAUUGCUAUUAAUAACUAUUUUCUCAUAGUGAUUUUUAAAUUUUAAAAUAAUGACUUUUUAAAAUACGUUUACCAUUUUAUGAUUUUGUUGUGUGCUACCCAGAUGUUUUGUAAGAUGGUAGGCCAUAUAAAUUUUAUAUAUA